AUGACCCAUUUCGGCUUUCACUUUGCUAUCACGAAGCAGCUGGUACAGUUAUAUAGUAAACGUCGAUUUGGGCCACAGCGUCCAUUUCCUACUCCUGCACCUGAUCCAACUGCUGCUCCUGCCGCUGAACCUGUGACUGCACUUGUUCCUGUUGUGGCAACUGUUGCUCAAUCACCAUCUACUGAGAGGCCAUUGGAGGUGGAUCAACUAUUUGUGGUGCCACAACGGGAGAUACAAGUUGUGAUGACAGCACCACCACCACCACAAAUAAUUACGGUAGAGACACCACCACCACCACCACCACCACAAACAGUUAUGGUGGAGACACCACCACCACCACCACCACGAAUAGUUAUGGUGCCACGACCGCGGCGUCGCUAA